UGUUUGGGCGUCGAUAUAUUUGUUGCUAAUAUGAUGAUUGCACCAAAAAAAGCCAGCCAGCUUGUUUGUAAGUUCGACAAAAAAUAACGACAAUUUUUUUAUUCAUUCAUUCAUCUUGGCAAUCACAGAUUGACAGAGCAGGGAAAAAAAAAAAUUGUCAAACCACCACCGUUUGCAACUCUCGAUCAACGAUCAUUCAUUCAAGUAAUAAUCCGAUUCAAAAAAGCCAAGAAACAACAUCCAUCCAUCCACCCAUCCACAUAUUGAAUAGAAAACCAAGUGACGAGCAACCGAAAAAAAAUGUUUCAAAAUCGUAAUACUUUUGCAACAUUACCACGUACACAACGUGGUAUGCCACUAGUGUUGGGUGGUGAUCCAAAAGGCAAAAAUUUUCUUUAUCCAAAUGGAAAUUCUAUUAUCAUCAGGGAUAUUAAUAAUCCAGCUUUGGCGGAUAUUUAUACUGAACAUUCAACGACGACAACAGUGGCAAAAUAUUCACCAAGUGGUUUUUAUAUCUGUUCCGGUGAUAUUGGUGGACGUAUACGAAUAUGGGAUACAACGCAAACAGAACAUAUUCUAAAGAAUGAAUUUCAACCAUUUGCUGGUAAUAUUAAAGACCUGGCAUGGUCACCGGAUUCACAACGUAUUGUUGUUGUUGGUGAAGGCCGAGAACGUUUUGGUCAUGUUAUUAUGAUGGAAACCGGUACCUCGGUUGGUGAGAUUGCUGGACAUUCAAAAACGAUUAAUUCAUGUGAUUUUCGUCCAGCACGCCCAUUUCGUAUUGUAACCGGUUCGGAGGAUAAUUUUGUCGGCAUUUAUGAAGGUCCACCAUUCAAAUUUAAAACACAGCUAGAAGAUCAUAAUCGUUUCGUGCAAAGUGUACGCUAUUCACCGGAUGGUCAAUUAUUUGCAACGGCUGGUUUUGAUGGAAAAAUGUUUCUCUAUAAUGCUAAUGAUUAUAGUAAACAAGGUGAAUUCAAUGUUGGUGAUGAUGGAAAAAAACCUGCACAUGCUGGUGGUAUUUAUGCCAUUUCAUGGUCAUCUGAUGGUAAACAAAUUUUGACCAGUUCUGGUGAUAAAACUUGUAAGAUUUGGGAUGUUUCAACAUUUACUGCCGUUACCGAAUUUCCAAUGGGUUCAGAUGUAUUGGAUCAACAGGUUAGCUGUCUGUGGCAAAACAAUUAUUUAUUAUCCGUUUCGUUAUCUGGUUUUAUCAAUUAUUUGGAUGUAAAUAAUCCAACAAAACCAUUACGUGUUGUAAAAGGUCAUAAUCGUACAAUAACUGCAUUAGCUAUUAACACUGUUUCUGCGGAUCAACAACGUCUUUAUACUGGCAGUUGUGAUGGUUAUAUAACACAUUGGAAUCCUCAGAAUGGUGAACAUGAUCGUAUCGUGGGCCGCACACAUACAAAUCAAGUUAGUGGUAUGGUUUUCGAUGGCGAUAAUCGUAUCUAUAGUGCUGGUUUUGAUGAUAUAAUCCGUACGAUCGACGUGAAUACAAAUGAAUUUAUUGGUGAAUUUAAACUCGAUCAACAACCACAAGGAUUAGCAUUAAGUAGUGAUAAACAAAUCCUGUUCAUCGCUUGUCAUUCACAAUUACAAGUAAGACGUGCACAUGAUGGUGGCAUUCUUUCAGUGGUGACAGCACCAUAUGAACCAUCAAGUAUUGCUUGUAAUCAACAAACUGGUGACAUUGCUGUCGGUGGUAAUCGUGAUAGUAAAGUACAUGUCUAUAAAUUUGAUGGCCAAAAAUUGAAUGAACAAUCAUUCACCACAUUGGAUCAUCGUGCUGGUAUAACAGAUGUCGCUUAUUCACCAGAUGGAAAAUAUUUAGCCGCAUCGGAUCAGAAUCGUAAAAUUAUUCUAUAUAACAGCAACGAUAAUUAUCAACUAGCUCAUGAUCUAGAAUGGGGUUAUCAUGUGGCACGUGUUAAUUGUUUAGCAUGGUCACCAGAUUCAUCCUUAUUAGCAUCUGGUAGUCUUGAUACCGGUAUUAUUAUCUGGGAUUGUGUUAAUCCAACCAAACAUUUUACACUUAAAAAAGCACAUCCACAAAGUCAAGUAACACGUAUCGCAUGGCUUAAUCAAUCGACCAUUGUAUCUACUGGUCAUGAUGGUUCAAUAAAAAUCUGGGAAAUUAAAUUAAAAUGAUAAACAAAAUUGAAAAUUGCAUGAACAAAAAACCCCACCAAAUCUAUCAAAGAGUCAAUGAAUCAACCAAAAAAAACCAUCACCAGAUGAAUUAAAUCAUGAAGGCGGAAGCAAAGAUUAAUUCAAAAAUCUUAAUAACAACGUCUCUGUCUGUUGGAUGGUGGUAAUCUCAAC